AUGGGACCCACGCCGCAGCUCCUCCACCUCCCCCUGCCCGUUCCCAUCCCCCUCGCCCUCCCCAUACAGUACGCCUCCGACCAGACAAGGAUGGAAACAGCAGUACGCCGGCCGACUCCCUUGCCCUCACCUUGCCGGCUUUACCCUAUAGACGGUGCUUUUUUUGUUAGAUGGGGGUAUACCUGGGCAUGUGUCGGCCCGGGCCGGGCCUCGGGCCGGCCCGAGGUAGGCCCGACGCAAAAUAAUCCGGCCCAAGCCCGGCCCGGCUCAACCAAAUUCCCACCAAGCCCGUCGGACCGCGGGCCGGGCCGUAGUGUUAAAGUGAGUUUUCGGGCUACCCAGGCCCGGCCCGGCAGUCGGGCCAACAUUUCUGGCCCAAGCCCGAGUUUUUCGGGCCGGGCCCGGGCCGGGCCGUCGGGCCGGGCUGCCCAUGGCCAGAUAUGGAUGGGGGCAAGCUGGAUUGAGGUAAAAGAUAAAGAUGACAGGUGGGCUCCACACGUUAAUGAAAGCCAUUCCCCAUCUCCCGCUCCCCGCCGUCGUCGGCCUCCUCCCCGUCACCGCCGCUGGCGCCACCUCCCCUUCCUACUUCUUCCUCUCUCUGCCGCCGCCCUUCGCAUCGGCGGCCGGCAGGAGACCGAGUUCAUCGCAUCACCAUCGCCGGAGGAAGUGCAGCUCGUCGCUGACCUCCUUCCGCGCAGUAGGAGGCCAGGAAGGCGACGACUUCGAGCGAGCCGAUCAGCCCAACCUCGAUUUUGUCCAGCGGCGGCUUCCUGUGUGCGGUUGGGACGCUUGGACGCGGCCGCAACGGCGGCAGAGAACGCGCGCCCGAGCGAGGGCAGAUGGACGCGGCAACGAUGGCUGGAUGCGGCGGUGGAGGCUUUUGGCGGCGCCGCUCCGCCUCCGUGGCCGGCCGCCCUUCUCCCACGCCUCGCCUCCCUGCCGCUCCGCCUCCCCAGGCGACCUCCAUCUAGCAAGAGUGACGCACCGCCGGACCCAAUUCCCUCGCGUUCUUCUUUUGCGGCGUUUGGCAGCGCCGCUCCGCCUCCCUGGCCGGCCGCCCUUCUCCCACGCCUCACCUCCCUGCCGCUCCGCCUCCCCAAGCGACCUCCAUCCAGCAGGAGCGACGCCGGCCCAAGCACGAGGGGCUCCUGGAGCUCCGCCCAUUCUGGAGGUGAACGGGACGAUUUCAGGCUGCCACCAUCUGUGCUGCUCGCCGGGAAGACCAUGUUGAUGCCAUCAGCAGAAGCCAUUAUCUGCAGGGAGGAGCACUGCCUCCAUCAGCAUGAGGAGUGUGCCAUCUCCGACAGGCAUCAAGAACAAGAAAGUUUGAGAAAAAAGCUUUUGUUUGCUAGACACUUCGCCAAUUCAGCUCCUAUGUAAACCUUUUUUGGCCACGGGAAUAUAAUGAAAAUACGUGCAAGCAAGUAUGGUAUUCAUCCUCUUUUAUAUUCUCUACAUUUGUGCAAUUUUUUAGACCUUUCAGAUGAUAAUGUGGUGGGCAGCCAAAACCGGAUUUUAUUUUUCAAUUUUAAAUAAUAGUUAAAUCUUGAUGAAUAUUUAAGGAUGGGGAUUUAUGGUUGUUCUGAUAGGAAAGGCCAACACAACUUCCACUUGAAUAUGAGCUCUAGGUGCUAAUAUAUUCAUUUUAGUGCUUUGGCAUGAUUCUACCUGUUUCACCUACGUAUUUCUGAAUUUUGUAGGAUCAAAUACAUGAGCCAAACCAAAGGCCACCACAGCUCGCCCCCUCUGUCCGUCUCUGCGAAGAUGUUGCACCAUACUAAUUCAUCUUUUCGUAGAUUAAGAUCGAGCUGCCUAGCCAGCCAAGAAAUCGAGGCCAGCCUACUCCUUUUCUUCUUUCUUUUAGCAGCCUCUCGCUACAGAUUUACUUUUACCAAAUAGUUCAUCGGGUCUCGCCAGUGUUGUUGAGUCAGCGUUCCGGUUCAGGCCGAGAACUUCACAGGUUCCUCAUGGUGCUUGCAUUCGCUAGCAAAUAAAAUGUAGAACUAUUGUUUUGUUUCGAGUUGUAGCUCUGGUUGCUGUAAAUCCUAUGUUCUAAAAGAGAGCAAAUGUAUCAAGAUCUGAACCACGGUGAAAUAUCUAGGAGCAGAUUUAUAGUCUCUCGAAACAUACUCUGCUACCUAUAUAAAUUCCAAGAAGCUGAUAACAUAUUCAGCUGAAAUUUAUUGUAAGAAAUAAAAAUUCUCUACUGGCCUUCUUUACGUGCUUAGCCUUGCUUGGUCCCUUGCUAUUGGUGAUAACAUAUUCAGCUGAAAUUUAUUGUUUAAAAUUAUCUUGUCUUUUGUGCUACUCAUAUGCCUACACAAAAGGCUGGACACAUGUUGUGUCUGUUAUUUCCUACAUGUCGGCUAUAAUUAUAGACAUUAGAUCGGAAUAACUGUCGACUGCUGGGUUUUCCUUUUAGCCAAAGUUCACAUAGCUCAUAAAUAAUUCAGAUUCCUAACCUGGACUUUAUAGAGUUGUAUGUAUCCAGCUAAUAAUAUAUUUUCACAUGGAGUACCUACAAUCCAAAUUUCUAACAUUGUUUUUGUAGCUUCAUGUGUCUGAAUUAUCUAUCACCUGCUGAUUCAAUUUAUGUUCAAUAUUUAUUUCCAAACUAUGAUGCUUCCCAGUUUCUUCCGCCAACCUUGCUGGUUCUCUGAUUUGGCUCUAGCGUCUUGAUGAAGACUGUCAAAUCCCGGCUACUACCAUGUUCGUGGCUGCGGUUCAUAAUGCCCCUGCACCCAGCUGCUUUUUGGAAGACAACAAUUUCAUAGUAAAGGGUCUUCCCAGGUUAGUUCCACGGUAUCUAAACAGAUUGUUUCAAUCUUCUAUGGCCUAUCCAAACAGAUUCUUUUGUUUUGUUUUUACUGUUUCUGCAUUUCAUUUUAGUGGAAAUUAAAGCGAGGUACCAAGAUAUUAUUGUUCUAACUUUGUUUAGAAUUUUUUUUCUGAAAUUUAGCCUCAGUAGGAUGUAAAUCAAGCUAUCGUUCUAGCGGAGAACAAUGUCUAUACUUCUCAAUAGAUCAGUAAUAGCUGGAUAAUACUAAAUGAACAUUCUUUUUGUGAUCUUUGAUGCAUGCCAGUCUAAAUUUUACCGUGUUACCAUUGCAACUUUUUCUAGGCUAAAUUAUGUUUGUAUGCGUCUCUCCGUUGAUGUGCUAUUAUGCUUUGAACUGCUGUUUUCUCCUCUGUUAAGUUGGUAAUGCCAACCUUGCGUAUCAUUUUAGCUCAUUGGUGUAGCAGGGAAGAUUUAGACAACCAGUCAUGUGGACGGGCUGCUGCCACAGCUGAGGUUCCAUCAUGCCAUGUGCCUCACCUCACUUUCUCAGAUUGAGAUAUGGUGAAAACGGAAGGUCAUAAAUCCAAAUUCGUGAAUUUGUUUGAUUUCUGGGUGCCUUUAAAUUGGUUGAUCCAGAAUCAUAUGAUGUUAUUGGUGAUGGCCUUCUCAAUCCACCAAUAUUGUUGCAUUGGAUCUGAGGGUGUAAUGGUGGUCUGCCCAUUCUCUCAUUUACUCUCCUUUGAUUUUUUGUGUGUGAUCCGACUUUGAGCUCUGAUGUAUGUGUGCGACAUGCAUUUUUGCCUGGGUAAAUAGCGUGAGAUUUGAAAUGUGUGUUGCCUGAUGUUUACAAAUGAGAAGCGUAAUUAGUUUUUUUAGUUACACUAACAAGCUUUGUUGAAAGCUUGAUGGUUCAUUUUGCUACAUGUAUACUAGAUCUCUGUCAUGUGUGGAGUGGAUAGAGAAGUCAUCAACAGUUGAUGCGUGACUAGGAGGGGUCGUUUUCACUGUCCUAUUGAUUAAGACAUGUUAAUUACUACUUUGGGUUUUUAUUUUUCAUCCCUGAUGAUCCCUAACAAAUCUUAAAUAUCACAUGUAACUGGGCGGAGCAUUGACACUAGCGCAGCUGCUCCUUGGUACACAAAUUGGUUCUUUGUUGUCCAAGGGGUAUUACUGUUCUGAAUUUGUGUAAUGGUUUUUUUUUCAUCUGGUCUGCAAGGACGUGGGGCUCAGUGGUCAGCGUGGCGUCAGAGUCAUCGGUUCUCCAUGUCUUCAGGCCUGAAGUUCGGCUCAGAUUUGGAAACAAGACCAAAACAAUUCAUAUACAUUCGAAACUUAUGAAGAUAAAGCAUGGCAAGUAUAAGCUAUAUGUACAGAACAUCCAUUGGAGAACAUUUCCAUGCUUGUGAAUAGAUGGAAUGUACAACACCUCAAGUGAGCUUCUUCUCUUCUUAAUUAAUCCAGAUCCAGGUGUGAAUCGUUGCUGAGUGCCCAUAUUUAAAUGAGUGCCCAGAUUUUUGCAUAUGAUAGGUACUGGCUUUCUUUUGAAUAUUGUUGCAGAUGAAGUACUAAAAUCAAUGUAGCAUUAUCAAUUAGGUAUGGUUAGUAUCUAUAGCAGUAGCUGGUGAGAACUAAAUCUACCAUAGAGAGCAGGUACUGUUUACUCUACCAAGGUCUUUUAAUCAUUGAGUUAUAUCUUUUUGACAGAUAUACACAUGAUGCACCUGUUUUUUGU